AUGUCCGAUCUACAGUCCCUUGUGUCAGAGCUCCACGGUGCUAUUGAGCGCAAACAGUUCGAUGCCGCCAACGACCUCCUCAGCCGUGCCAAGAGAGCUCUCCUUAUGCAAAAUGCCCUGAUUCCGACUUCCUCCACACCUCCCCAGCUUGUCGUCCUUGCCCGCCAAGUCCUCGAACUCGGAGCACUCGCCUCCAUCCGCCAGACCGACGCGCAGCUAUUCACACGGUACUACCAGCAACUGCAGCCAUUCUACGAUCUUGAGAGACAUGCCGGUCUGCCCGGGCAGGGUUCUUCGGAGGUCGACUUCAGCACUAGCCAACGCAGCAAGAUUACAGGGCUGUAUCUGCUUCUUCUUUUGAGCAUGGGCGACAGUGCCAACUUCCACACAGUGCUAGAGGGAUUGGUGGAAGAGGCAAGCUUGAAGGGUGGCCGUGUUGAGGAUGAUGCGUGCAUCAAGUACCCUGUUGAGUUGGAGCGCAACUUGAUGGAGGGAAGCUACGACAAGGUGUGGAGGGAGACGAAGUCCGAGCGUGUUCCGUCGGAAGACUUUGGUCUCUUCUCAAAUGUUCUCAUCGGCACUAUCCGCAAUGAAAUCGCAGGUUGCUCAGAGAAGGCAUACCCAUCCCUCCCCAUUUCCAACGCCAAGAACCUCCUCUUCCUCGAGUCUGAGGGUGCAGUGAUCGAAUUUGCCAAGCAGCGCGGCUGGAUCCUCCGAGACGGCCGGAUAUACUUCCCUGUUGAGCCGGAGGCGGCUGCUAGGUCUGAGAAGGAUAUUCUGAUGGCUAGCGGCACCGUUAUUGAGAAUGCAUUGGGUUAUGCUCGUGAGCUGGAGACUAUUGUCUAAUUACACGCUCAAUGGAUCAAUGGGAACGAU